AUGACCCAGACCGCCAACGUCCGCGAGUUCAACGUGGAACCUGAGCUCGACUCCAAGACUAUUCACGCUAUUCCUCCUUGCGUUGUUCACGACACUCCUGUUCUGAACGUCCUUGACGAGUCGGUCCACUAUGGCGAUUGGCGUGACGACCUUGCCCGCGAUGGAUACUGUGUAGUCAAGGGAGUCCUCGAGAAGGAGAAGGCUCUCAAGUACGCCGACGACAUCAAGGAUUGGCUCGAGGGCUUCGGCCUCGGCUACAAGCGUGAUGACCCUUCGACCAUCCGCGAAGAGUGCCUGCCCAUCAUCCACCAAAAGGGUCUCCUCCAAGCAUACGGUGCUACUCACGAAUCUUUCACAUGGGGAGUUCGCUCCGAGCCAGCAGUUAUCGACGCCUUUGCACACCUCUACCAGGACCCCGAUCUCAUCUGCUCAUUCGAUGCCGUCAACGUCUCCCUCGCCAACCGUCAGGAUCUGCCCGCUAAUGGUGCAUGGCCUCACCAAGAUCAAGACCCUGAGCGUGGCGGUCUGCGUUGCGUUCAAGGCUUUGUCAACCUCUUGCCCAACGGCCCCGAGGACGGUGGUCUUCUGGUUCUCAAGGGCGGUCACAAGGUCAGCGAGGAGUACCACAACGUUUUCAGAAACGAGCCUCGCGACUUCAGAUGGACCAACGAAAUGUACCUCUUCAAGGAGACCGGUCUGAAGUGGUUGGCUGACAGAGGCCACGAAUGGGUCAAGGUUGACGCUGAGCCCGGUGACCUUGUCCUGUGGGAUUCAAGAACUCCUCACUACAACGCCUCGCCCAAGAAGAACACUGACAGAUUCGUUGUCUACGUCUGCAUGCUCCCCGUUUCGACAGCAACUCAGGAGGAUCUGAUUCGCAAGAAGGAAUUGUUCGAGGAGCAGCACGGUCACAGCCACUGGCCCAUGGCUCUUCAGCCAUUCAUCAAGGCCUUCUUGGAGCCCCAGCGCAACGGCAAGCCCGACCCUCACAACACAUGGAAGCCUCGCCAGCCCCCACAGCUGAGCGAGAGAGGCUACAAGCUUACUGGUAUCCCUUACAUCAAGGCUUAA